AUGAUUCUCAAGCUAGAAGGUGACUUCUGGUCCCCCUUCCACCCCCUCAGGUGCAUUCUUGGCAAGUGUAUGGCAUACUUGACAAGUCAUCAAAGACCGAAAAACAUUUCUUGCUGUAAUGAUUACGACAUGUGCAAUGAAGCUUUACGACCACAAAUCACCUCAAGGAUACCUACAGAAGCUCCAGCCAAGAAAAUUCCUGCCCUAUUAAUAACUUUGCCUGUAGCAAUUGUUGCUGUUUUGGCAUUCCUCAUGACGUUUUGGUACAAAUACCGACAGCGAGAAGAAAGUCAAUUGCAGGAGCUGAAAAAAGCUGCACAUCAGUGUUCAACCUUCUGUGGUUCACCAAAUGAAACUCUCAGUGAACUCAUUGAGCAGUCAUCUGGGUCUGGGUCUGGCCUCCCUCUUCUGGUUCAACGUACAAUUGCCAAACAGAUUCAUUUAGUCCAAAGUGUUGGCAAAGGUCGGUAUGGUGAGGUGUGGCUUGGCCGUUGGAGAGGUGAAAGGGUAGCUGUCAAGAUUUUCUUCACAACAGAUGAAGCCUCUUGGUUCAGAGAAACUGAAAUUUAUCAGACUGUACUUCUACGACAUGAAAAUAUUUUAGGUUUCAUUGCUGCUGACAUUAAAGGCACAGGCUCUUGGACACAGAUGUUGCUAAUCACAGACUACCAUCCACUUGGCUCCCUUCAUGACUACUUACAAAUAACAACACUGAAUUACUACUCUAUGUUACGGCUUAGUCUCUCCACUGCUUGUGGGAUUUCUCAUCUGCAUACAGAGAUCUUUGGAACGAAGGGAAAACCAGCCAUUGCUCACCGUGAUAUAAAGAGUAAAAAUAUCCUUGUUAAAAAGAAUGGAGAAUGCUGCAUUGCUGAUUUUGGUCUUGCAGUCAAAUAUGUUAGUGAAAGCAAUGACCUGGACCUAGGCACAAACCCAAAAGUGGGAACCAGACGAUACAUGGCACCUGAAGUCCUUAACGAAACCAUAAACUUAAGCUGUUUUGAGUCCUUCAAGAUGGCUGAUAUGUAUUCCUUUGGACUUGUCCUAUGGGAAAUAGUCAGAAGAUGUGCCAGUGAGAGCGGGGAAAAGUUACUCAUGGCCGAUGAAUAUCAGCUGCCUUACUAUGACUGUGUGCCACCUGACCCAUCAUUUGAGGAUAUGAAGGAAGUGGUUUGCACAAAAGGAAUUCGGCCAGAUGUACCACUGCGGUGGCAGUACAAUGAAAUUCUGAAAACGAUGGGGAAAGUAAUUCAGGAAUGCUGUCAUGCCAAUCCUGCUGCUCGUCUCACUGCUCUGAGAGUGAAGAAGACCCUGUAUAAGCUACAUGUUCCUGAUGGUACUGCAAAGAUUGUGUAAAGGUUCAAAAGAUUUAAGAAACUGAAGGAACCUGCAGGUAACUCUGGCCCAUAUCAAGAGAGGAAGACUAUGGACCUUGGUUGCUUUUGAGAAAGAAGAAGAAAAAUGUAAUUUUUUAAGAUUUGAAUAUUUAGAAUUGCAGAUUUAUGUAUAGUAAUUUUUUAGUAGCUUUUGAGAGACCAAAGGAAGCAUGGUAGUGAGAGUUAUUAAAAAAUAGUGGGUUUGUGAAGAUGUGUCAUUCUGGCUCCACAUGAUUGAAGAAACAAGUGCCUGGAGUGUUGUGUGAAUGCAGUAGAGUGAAUGUGAUGUAGUAUAUCCAUCAAGUAGUGUAUUAUUAGCCUUUAUAUAGCCUUGCUAUAGAGCACCAUGGAACUUGUCACUCAAACCCCCCUUUGGAAGUGAGAGAUAGAUAGGUGGACAUGAAAGGACAGUAUUGCUAGAAU